AUACAAUAUGAGGGGUGGUCUCCUCCCUUAAUUUGAGAACCAGAGGAGAAAAGAAAAUGCAACGUCAAUUCUCGAAGGCUUCCCGUCCCUGCCUGCCCUGGGUGCUCAUGGAACCAGCUGCUGCCCUGCACUUCUCUCUGCCAGCCUCCCUCAUCCUCCUCCUCCUUCUUCUCCGACUGUGUGCACUGGUCUCAGCCCAGUUUACUGUCGUGGGGCCCACUGAUCCCAUCCUGGCCAUGGUGGGAGAAAACACUACGUUACGCUGCCAUCUGUCACCCGAGAAAAAUGCUGAGGACAUGGAGGUGCGGUGGUUCCGGUCUCAGUUCUCCCCGGCAGUGUUUGUGUAUAAGGGUGGGAGAGAGAGAACAGAGGAGCAGAUGGAGGAGUACCGAGGAAGAACCACCUUUGUGAGCAAAGACAUCAGCAGGGGCAGCGUGGCCCUAAUCAUACACAAUGUCACAGCUCAGGAGAACGGCACCUACCGCUGUUACUUCCAAGAAGGCAGGUCCUACGAUGAGGCCUUCCUGCACCUCAUGGUGGCAGGACUGGGCUCUAAGCCCCUCGUUGAAAUGAGGGGCCACGAGGACGGGGGCAUCCGGCUGGAGUGCAUAUCUAGAGGGUGGUACCCAAAGCCCCUCACAGUGUGGAGGGACCCCUACGGUAGGAUCGUGCCUGCCCUGAAGGAGGUCGUCACCCCUGACACAGACGGCCUCUUCAUGGUCACCACAGCUGUGAUCAUCAGAGAUAAGUCGGUGAGGAACAUGUCCUGCUCUAUCAGUGACACCCUGCUCGACCAGAAGAAAGAAAGUGUCAUUUUUAUUCCAGAAUCCUUUAUGCCCAGCGUGUCUCCCUGUGUGGUGGCCCUGCCUAUCAUUGUGGUUUUUCUGAUGAUAAUCAUUGCCGUAUGCAUCUACUGGAUCAACAGACUCCAAAAGGAAACAAAGAUUCUGUCAGGGGAAAAGGAGUUUGAACGGAAAAAAAGAGAAAUUGCUGUAAAGGAACUGAAGAAGGAACGUGUGCAAAAAGAGAAAGAACUUCAAGUAAAAGAGCAACUUCAAGAAGAAUUGCGAUGGAGAAGAACAGUCUUACAUGCCGAAGUGAUACCUGAAGACAUCAGACCCACACUGUUGAAGCAAAACUGGAUGGGAAUUGUUCCUCCCCACAUUUGCCUACAGAUCCCUCAGGAAGCAGUCGAUGUGGUCCUGGAUCCAAACACCGCUCAUCCUGAUCUCUUGCUGUCAGAGGACCGGAGAAGUGUGAGAAGGUGCCCCCUCAGGCACCUAGGGGAGAGCGUGCCUGACAACCCAGAGAGAUUCGACAGUGAGCCUUGUGUCCUGGGCCGGGAGAGCUUCGCUUCAGGGAAACAUUACUGGGAGGUGGAGGUGGAAAACGUGAUUGAGUGGACUGUGGGGGUCUGCAGAGACAGUGUUGAGAGGAAAGAGGAGGUCCUGCUGCGUCCUCGGAAUGGCUUCUGGACCUUGGAGAUGUGUAAAGGGCAAUACCGGGCCCUGUCCUCACCUAAGAGGAUUCUCCCUUUGAAGGAGUCCCUUUGCCGUGUGGGCGUCUUCCUGGACUAUGAAGCUGGAGAUAUCUCCUUCUACAACAUGAGGGACAGAUCGCACAUCUACACAUGUCCCCGUUCAGCCUUUUCUGUGCCUGUGAGGCCCUUCUUCAGGAUAGGGUCUGAUGACAGCCCCAUCUUCAUCUGUCCGGCACUCACAGGAGCCAGUGGGAUCACAGUGCCUGAAGAGGGCCUGAUACUUCACAGAGUGGGGACCAAUCAGAGCCUGUAGAAUCAAUUCGCCGGUCUCACAGCCAUGUAGACAAGCCCUCGUCAUCUCAGCAGCCACUGCACAAUGUUGUUGGUGGAAGACACACCCUUCUCCCCUCUGGUCACGUAAGAGAACAGCUUCCACCUGCCUCUUUCACACCCACUCCAGCCCUUAGCCCCAGUUUUCUCCUCCUCACUAGGCUGUGGCUUUAGUAGUUCCUUUGGUUGUAACUAUGGGAUGGGAUCCACGCAUAGGAAACUAGUUGUGUCAUAGCUCCCAGCCAAGAAGAAAGUGUGAGAAGUUGAUGGGCAGCAAACCUGCUGUUUAACAUCAGGGUGAUCACACUGAGUCCAGUAUGCCAGUUGGCACCAGAUGUUAUGGACAUGGAAUGAGGUCAACAGGGUUCCUCAGAAUGAGAGAGGAGAGAGGAAUCCACAGGACCACCAGAGAGGAGAGGGAACCAGAUAUGCAGGUCAGAGAUAGAGGAAGUGGAACCAGACAGCUGGGAGGGACCAAGGUUGUAAGGGUGGAUAAGCCCCAACAUAACAGCUAAGGGGACCUGGGAGAUGAUGGCUCAUUUCCACCCAACCCCAGGAUUUCCACAACACACACCCACAGGCCUGGACCUGGGAUGAAGAUGAAUGAAGAACAUGGACUCGUGUGGAUGUGGUUUGGCUUACGUGUCCCUGCAAUAAACAAUGAGUCAGUACUUAGUCCCUGAGUGUGGUUGAGGUUUGAGGUCCUGGUCGAGCAGGGCAGUACUGCAACUGGUCUACCUCAGCAUUCAGGUUCAAUGGGGACACCAGUGGCUUCAAACUUCCUGAUCGAAUUAUGUCUUUAGACACUUAAUAACUAUUGAGGACCUUAAAGAACUUUUGUUUAUUUGGGUUAAUAUUUGUUAAUAGUUAUGGCAUUUGACAUUGAAACAAAAUUUGAAAUGUUAUCUUUUAAUUCAUGUUAAAAUAGCAUGAAUAAAUCAAUUAUAGUUUAAUAUAAACAGGAUGUUUUGUGAAAAAGCAAUCUAUUGUGUCCCAAUAAAAGAACUAGGAGUUCUUUUAUUCCUGGUUAACUUUUUCCAAAUCUAAUGUCUGGCUUAAUAGAAGAUGUUUGUAUUCUCAUAUCUGCCUUUGUAUUAAAGCUAUUGGUUUAUCAUAGGUCAUAUUUUCUCAAAAAAAAAAAAACUUUACUGCACCCUACUGAGAGAAUGAGAUGAAAAAUGGUUAAUGUUUCAUUAUUAUUAUUGUGAAAAUAGUACUAACAUUGGGGACUCCUUAAGAGUACGUCAAAGUUCUCCCUACGAAUCCCAAGACCACAUUUGGAAACUAGAAUAGUGGAUCCUGGAAGUUAAUCCAUGUGCUGGUUAAUUUUAGAUGUCAACUUAACUGGAUUAUGGAAUACCUAGACAACUGGUACAACAUUAUUUCUGGAUGUGUCUGUGAGUGUGUUUCCAGAAGAGACUGGCAUGUGAGUCAGUGGGAAAUUCUCCCGUCCAAUUGGCUGGGGGCCCAAUAGAACCAAAAGGCAGAGGAAAGGCAAAUUCUUCUCUCCUCUGGAGCUGAGACACUCUUCAUCUUCUGCCCUUGGACAUCAGAACUCCUGGCUCUCCAGCCUUUGAACUUCAGGACUUGUACCAGGAGGCCCUGGGUUCUGAGGCCUUUGGCUUUGGACUGAGAGUUACACAACCAGCUUCCCUGGUUGUGAGGCUUUCGGACUUCAAAUGAGCCGUGCUACCAGCAUCCCAGGGUCUCCAGCCCACAGACGGGCUGUUGUGUGAUUUCUUAGCCUCUAUAUUCACAUGAGCCAAUUUCCUUAAUAAAUGUCUGCUCAUAAAUCUGCU